GUAUGAGACUAGCAGGCAACGGCCCUCCGGAGGUGGCACUGGUGGCAGUGGUGUUGGCGGCCUUUCAGGAUUGUGUCCAAAACUGGCCACAUCCACGACCAACGCAGGAAGUAGCGGUCAAAGUAAUAUCUCUUUGGGCCACCACUUAGCCCCUUCGGACAGUUCGAUGUCGAACUCGUCUCAAAAGAGUGGUCGACGUCAGCGAAAAGUUACUAUUAAUUCCCAGCCAACUUCUUGUGGUGGUAAUUCCAUCGACAGGAAGUUAAGGUUUAAUCGAGUGGAAAAUGGUUCACAGUCACCACCGACGUCGGUAACAAAAAACGGAAUCUCAUCGAAUUCGCAGUCGACGAGGCAAAAGAAUAACACCCUGGAUCCUGUUGAAAAAAAUUCUUUCGUAUCAUCCUGUGAUCAUGAAAAUAAUCACAAUUUUAGUGAUGCAGAGGAGGCAAUUGAUGCUACGGAAAAUCGUUCGAGGAUGUCAGGCUCCAGCACGCCUUUCACUCCAGUGGUAAAGAAUAACCCUAGAAAAGUAAGUAAAGAGGAAAAGACUGCACACAAAACUAUGCACUCGGCGAAUCCCGAGUCGAAAGAGGAUUGCGAUGGUAGCAGCCGUAAGCUAGCGUCAGAUCAAUCGCGGGACGGGCACACUUCGACAGAGGACAUUAUCCAGAGUUUCGAUGCGCCCGUUUCUACGAAAAAGAAGCCAAACGCGGACGACAUUGUGUCAGUUCGCGAAAAUAAACGGAAAGCCUCCGUUUACGCUCUAGUUAACUUCGAUACUAAUAAGUGUAGUAGUGCCAAUAGAAGAUCAAAUUUUAAACAAGAUAAUUCUAAUGACAGUUCUCAGAAGGAUUCGGAUGUUGUUUUAGAAAUUCCUCGUAGUAAUCAAAAUGAUCAAAGCGAAUCGAACGAAAGUAGUACGCCGUCAACUUCGAGAAAAACGUCAAGUUCCGAGUUCAAAUGUAAAAAAGUAUCGACAGAUGUAAUGGACUCAAACAAGAGUAGUGAGAGCAUUUUAGAAAAUAACGAUAAUAUAAAUAGCGAACAAAUGAAAAAUUCUCGAUUUAUAACGUCCAGCGUGAUGGGCGAAUCGAUAGACUUAGAGAGUAAGGAAUUCCGAGAUGAGUGUGAGAAGAGUAGCGAGGUUGAGGGAGAAGUGACCAUAUACGACGAUGAUAAUGGCACGAGCAUCAGUGACAUAGUCGCGACCCAGGCGCUUCACGAAUCUCUUAGCAAAAUGGGUAAGGUGCCGCCGCCGGGUCCCGAAAUUCAGAUUGAGGAGAUAAAAGAUAUGCCAAAAACAGAGGAUGAAGCUAGUUCAAAGGUCGCUGUGGUGCACGAUGAAACAGUCGAGGGAUUCAUUGGGCCACUUUUAGAUGAGAAUUUCAAAGUCGACGAAAAAUUAGAGCAAAAGACAAUGGCAAUAGAUGACAUGAGAAAUUUAUUGGUUAAAGCUACAGUCGAAGACGACGACGACGAGGAGAAAGCUGUGGAGAUUUCUCCAGACCAAAGGUUUUUGAAAUUUGAGGAGGAGAUAGGCCGCGGUAGUUUCAAAACUGUUUAUAAAGGCCUAGAUACACAGACUGGCGUUGCCGUCGCCUGGUGUGAAUUACAGGAGAAAAAACUAAACAAAGUAGAAAGACUGAGGUUUCGAGAAGAAGCUGAAAUGUUGAAGGGGUUGCAGCAUCCAAAUAUAGUUAGAUUUUAUGACUACUGGGAGGUGACACUCACGAGACGAAAAUAUAUUGUUUUAGUAACAGAACUCAUGACUUCUGGCACUUUGAAGACAUAUUUGCGGAGAUUCAAAAAAAUAAUACCCAAACUUGUGAAAUCUUGGUGUCGGCAAAUAUUAAAAGGUCUCGCGUUUCUUCAUUCGAGAUCGCCACCAAUCAUACAUCGUGACUUAAAAUGCGAUAAUAUUUUUAUUACCGGACCAACGGGCUGUGUGAAAAUUGGCGAUCUUGGUCUAGCGACUCUUAAAAAUCGCAGUUUCGCCAAGAGUGUUAUUGGUACGCCGGAAUUCAUGGCACCAGAAAUGUACGAAGAGCACUACGACGAGUCAGUUGACGUUUAUGCUUUUGGUAUGUGCAUGCUUGAAAUGGCUACUAGCGAGUAUCCAUAUUCUGAAUGUACUGGUCCCGCACAAAUCUACAAGCGAGUCGUUUCGGGUGUUAAGCCUCAGAGUUAUGAUAAAGUAGAGAACCCAGAAGUGCGUGAGAUAAUCGAAAUGUGCAUACGACUGAAGAAAGAGGAGAGGCCGUUGGUGAAGGAUCUUCUGAAUCACGAAUUUUUCGCAGAUGAUGUAGGUCUGAAGUUAGAGAUGGUAUCGCGUGAUACUGCAGUGGCUGAGGCCGAGUUAUCGCGUGUAGAGUUUCGCUUGCGAGUAUUAGAUCCAAAAAAGCGCAGCAAUAAGCACAAAGAAAAUGAAGCGAUUCAAUUUGAUUUUGACAUCGAAGGUGAUGAUGCAGAGGAAGUGGCAUCCGAAAUGGCCAAAUCGAGCCUUAUUCUAGAAGAAGACGCUAAAACUGUAGCUAAGAUGUUGAAAUCACAAAUUGUAGCUUUGAAGAAGGAAAGAGAAGAGAGAAAGGUGAAGGAAGAGAAAGAAAGAAAAUUAAAAGAGGAAAAGGAAAGGCAUGAUGCAGAGGCUAAUGCUGCUAACGAGCUUUUACUGCAACAAAUGCAAGCUCAACAGCAUCAACAACAACAACAGCAGCAGCAGCAGCAACAGACUCAGCAGGUUCAGUCCGGUAUUAGUAUUCAACAAGUGCAAAACACUGUGCAAAUUCAACAUAGCCUGCAGCCACAGUCAGUGCAAAUGGUACAGCAGCAGCCAAUGUUGCAGCAGCAGCAGCAAACGUCGGUAAUGCAACCACAGCAAGCUCAGCAAAUUCAACAGAUGAAUCAGUCACAACAACAACAGCAGCAGCAGCAGCAGCAACAACAACAACAACAACAAUCUCAGCAGCAGGUUCAAUAUCAGCAACAGCAGCAGUACCAGCAACUCACUCAAGUGGCCCAAACAUUAAGUGCUAACUCAUCUCAGUGUUCCACUCCACAGGCUGUUCCUACUCAAUCGCCUUUUCCUCAAGUAACUCAACAACAGUUGCAGCAGCAGUACAUGCAGCUGAAACAAAUGGGUAUUGCUCAACAGUUGUCACAUCCUCAGCAGCAAAUACAAAUACCGCAAAUACAGCAAACUAUUCAGUAUACGCAAACGCAAGUGCAACAUGUUCAGCAAAUACACCAGAAUCCUAUCUCCGGUUCGCCUGCCGUUUCCAAUAUCCAAGGUCAGCAGUUUUACCAUCAGGGUGCUGCCACAAUGACAGCUUAUCCGACUUCCCAAAUGUAUUCGCCGAAUGUGUCGCAACAAAUGUUUCAUGGAUACUCAACGGGCUCUACCGGCGGACACAUAGAUGUUUUGUCGAAUCAGCAACCCCAGCAAGUCUAUGCUACGCAUCCUAAUCAAGCGACGAACAACUCUGUUGCCACUUCAAUCGGUUACAUGCAGCCAAUGCCCGUACAGGUUUCGUUGCCCCAACAAGCUGCUAGUGUGCCAAAUUCUAUUACUGGGACUCCACCUGUCCAAACGAUACAGACGUCAACAAUGCCUCAAACAAUUCAAUCAACUCCGGCUCUGCUCACAAAUGGAACUCAUCAAUCUCAACCGCAACAGAAUAUUGUCAUGCAAAUGCAGUAUCCACAAGGGGCUAACGUGGUGACUUCUGCAAAUCAAAUAACCCAAAAUUUAAAUCUAGUCUCGCAAGGAUCAAAUACACAGCCACAACAACAACAACCUAUGCAAAUGCAAUCACAACAAGCAUCUGCCCAACACCAAAUGCCUAUGCAGCAGCAAGCACAAAUUCAGCAGCAGGUCAUGUCUCAACAACAACAGGCACCGAUGCAGCAGCAGACCAUGCCUCCACCGCAACAGGCAUCAAUGUCGCAGCAGACUAUACCUCAACAACAACAGCAACAACAGGCACCGAUACAGCAGCAAGCCAUGCCUCAACAGCAGGUAUCGAUGCAGCAGCAGGCCUUGCCCCAACAACAACAACAACAACAGCAGGCACCGAUGCAGCAGCAGGCCAUGCCUCAACAACAGGCGCCGAUGCAGCAUCAUACCAUGUCCCAACAACAACAACAGCAUGCACAGAUGCAGCAGCAGACUAUGCCUCAACAACAACAAGCACCGAUGCAGCAGCAGGCCAUGCCGCAGCAGCAAUUGCCUCUGCAGCAGCACAUACAAAUGCAUCAGCAAUCACCUAUUCAGCAACAAAAUUUUCAACAAAAUACAGAGAAUAUAAUACAUCAGCAGCCACAUAUUCAGAAACAAGCGUCUCUGCAACAACAAAAUUUCCAACAAAAUACAGAAACUAUAAUGCAUCAGCAGCAGCAGUCUUCUAUGCAGCAACAAAAUUUUCAACAAAAUGCAGAAACUAUAAUACAUCAGCAGCCACCCAUUCAGCAACAGCCUUCUCUUCAGCAACACAGUUUUCAACAAAACGCAGAGGCUAUGAUGCAUCAGCAGCCACCUAUUCAACAACAAAAUUUCCAACACAAUACAGAGGCUAUGAUGCAUCAGCAGCAACCUAUUCAGCAACAACCUUCUCUUCAACAACAAAAUUUCCAGCAAAAUGCAGAAAACAUGAUGCAUCAGCAGCCAACUAUUCAGCAACAAUCUUCUCUUCAACAACAAAAUUUCCAGCAAAAUGCAGAGAAUAUGAUGCAUCAGCAGCAACCUAUUCAGCAACAACCAUCUCUUCAGCAACAAAAUUUUCAACAAAAUACAGAGAGUAUGUUGCAGCAGCAGACGAUGCCUCAACAACAGAUUAUACCUCAACAGCCUCAGCAAUUACCGUUGCAGCAGCACGUGCAAGUGCAUCAACAGUCACCUAUUCAGCAACAGCCUUCUCUUCAACAACACAGUUUUCAACAAAAUACAGAGACUAUUAUAGUAGAAAGGACUGUUAUAAAGCAAGAAUCGUUUGAGCCUCAAGUACCAAAUACAGUACCACUGGAAAAUGUCGUCAACAUUUUACAGGAAAAUCACAUAUUGUCCAACUAUAUACCUGGAGCAGUAGAUGGUUACUCAUCUGAAGUGGCUGAAAGUUCAGUAACCAUGGCUGCAACAGAAAAGGCUAAAGUCAAACGAUCUGGUACAAAACGAAAGAAACCAGGAAUCAAAUUAACAGUUCUUUCGGUCAGUGACGUGGAAGGACAAGUUGUAUCUGUUGAAUGUCAGCUGGAUACCAGUAAGCAAAAAACCGUCACUUUCAAAUUCGAUCGAGACGACAUGGUGCCGGCCGAUAUAGCCAACAAUUUGGUGGCUAAGAAUUUGCUACCACAAUCUCAGCGUGAAACUUUCAUUGAUCUGAUAGAAGACAUUGUGAGGCAGUUGCGACUUGAUCCAUCCUUGAGUCUGCCUCUAGUCGCUCACGGACCUCCGGAUCAAUCUGCUGGUGGCAGUCCUGUCACGAGCCGUAGACCGCGAGAACGUGAUCAUAGUCUCGAUACUUCGAAGCAGGUGAGACAUGGCUCGCUAACGCGGCAAAGCAGCCACCGCUCCUCGUACAAAAUUCAUCGUAGGCACCGCUCGAGAGAUGACACUUCAAAUGCGUCUCCGCCAACAAAAAUGCUGCCAAUAGACCAGAUAAUCUCGCAAAUUACGAACUCCGGGCUUACAGAAAAACAACAGCCACCGCAAGCGGUUACAACUCCAACAUCGACGCAUCCAGCUGAAGUACCUCAACCACCACCUCCAAGUGUGUCGGAGUCAACCGAAGUAUCAAGACGUUCUUCUACCUCAACACAGAAUACGACAGACACUUUGACACCAACAAAUCCUAUCGACGUGUUGGACAAUCACGAGAGUCUGACCUCUGCCACAUCGGCUGCAACUGUUGUUGAAGAUGAGAUUCAAGAGGUUAAAACUGAUACGACCGUUGUAGAUCCAUUGCAGGAGACUCCCUCAAGCCAGUCACAGGAAAUUAGUGUUACAGCUCAGAUAGAUGAAACAAUCUCUUCAGCAGAUACUGCAAAGGAAGACACUAGCCAAAAUCAACAAAAUUCUCAUGAUGAUAGUGUAUGUAAGGAUAUGGAUGAUGCAUCCACGAAAUUGGACAUGCCACCAAUGCGGAAAAUUUCGCGGUUCCUCGUUAGUCCCGUAGUAGAGCAGAGAUCUGUUGUCUCUGGAGGUGAAACUACUAUUCAACACGAGGUUGUCGAGCAACCAACUGUGAUAUCACAGCACAACGCUGUCAGUUCUGAAACUUCUGUGAUUGUUAGUGGCAUUGAUCAAGCUGCUAAGAUGUCGAUUGAGGAAAUAGAUACUGGGCAGCUCCAACAGACAGCGGUUCAGCAGCAACAGUACCAAGCGAUGCAGGUGGUUCAGAAUGCCAGUCAGAUUCAGAUUGAUGCAAGCCAAGUACAGCAACUAGCUACCACUCAAGUGCAGCAGGUAGCUACUCAAGUCACCUCCGUCAAUUAUCCGAGCCAAAUGACACAAUCUCAAGAAAUGGAUUCGAUGAUGCAAAAUCAACCAAGUAUCCCUGCUGCCGAUGUUCAGCAAAUUAUCACUACGGUGCCAGUAGCAGUACAGAGUCAAAGAAUCAUUCAGCAGCAGGUCGUAGUGCAGGCACAGCAGGAAAUUUUAUCGCAAUCUCAAAUGCAGCAGACUAAUGUUCAAGCUUCGAUCCAGCAUCUUCAGUCAAAUAAUGACGAAAGAUACCGCAAAAUAUCAAAUAUAUCGAGCAACUCGAACGUUUCGACUGACUCCCAGCAGUCUGAUCCAUCCAGCACGACAAUCGUGCCAAACCAACAAGUGCAACAAGUAUACACGUCUCAGCAGCAGGAAAUAAUUCCUAAUGGUAUUGUCGCACCUACCGGACUCGUUGAUAUGUCUCAGCAAAUGUCGCAACAAACGCUCGUACAUCCUACAGUUGUGCAAACAAUGGUUGCUCCACUACCAGCUUCGUGCACCCCUAUUCCUGCUCAAGCUGCAGUCGUAACGACAGAAACCGUACCAAAGAUCAAAGCAAAGGAGGUGUCGUCAACUUUGCCAGACCUCGCACAGAAUCUUGCCAACAUUUUGUCCAAUCCAAAGUCCAAGUCAACCCAUAUGACCAGUCAAGGUCACGAAGCGAUUCCUAAUCCGGCAAUAAUACAGCAGACAUUGCAUUCGGAACAAUUCUUUCAGCCCAUACAGCCAGAGGUUUGUUUGCAGAGCUUGCAAAUUCAGCAGCAGCAGGUUCAGCAAAAUGUGCAACAGGUAAUAAGAAAGUUGCACCAUCUAGGAAAUACGUAUUGGGUAAUUCAAAACCAACCAGUUUUCACAUCAAACAUUCCAACACAAGCUCAAGUAAUCCAGCAGUCAGGAUUAGUCCAGACCGUGCCUCAAGCCAGUAUAUCGCAUCCUAUGGAUCCUCAACUCCAGCCGCAAAUGGUUCAUAACCAUCAGCCUAGUAUGCACCCUUCGGGUACAAUUCAAGGCCAGUGGGUCGUUCCUUCUUAUGGAACAGCACUACCUGGACAAAACGUCAUUCAAAUGCAACCUGUUCAGCACGUCCAGCUAAUUCAGAAUCAAGCAACCAUGCAACACCACAUGCAAAUGCCCGUCCAGAUGCAGCCUCCACCCACUCAAAUGCUAAUACAACAAAACAUGCCUGAACAUGUAGAUCACGUGAAAAUUGUGGAACUACAUAAUUUACAACUGCAAUUUCCAGAACAAAAACAAAUCACGCCUGGUUCAGCUAAAGUGGACAGUGACGUGAAUUCCGAGUCCAAUGUUAGUAGGCGUACGAGUUCUGAUUGUCAAGUGCUUUCCUCGGAGAACGAGUACUCGAGUCACGAUAUAACUCCAGAACAUACGCUCGUCGAGUCAUCGCAGGAGACUGCUAAUUAUCAGCAAAGAUUGAUGCGUGAACAACAUCGGAAGCUAAGCCAUCAGAAUUCUCUGGACAAGCAGCAACAGCAGCAACCUCCUUUGGAAAGCAUUUAUACUAGUGUGCCAGGAGGACCGCAAACGAUAGCCGAUCUGCAGCAGAAAUUGGUUCAGCUAACUUGUCACCCGUCAGAGUUGAAUGUGAGUACGCCACCAAUCAGUCACCCGGUGACACCUCAGGCAUAUCAAGGUGGUUUGCAAGAUUCACACAUGCAUAGCUUGCAACAAAAGCUCAGCACUGUACCUGGUGUUCCGGUAACUAACUUCCAUUCGUUGGUUCCCUUAUCGCCUCAGUCUACAAUCCAUUCUGGUUGCUCCAUUAAUACUGGAGACACCAAUAACGGGAUUGAUGGUUCUGCGGUCGGGACAGCGGCGGAACAGGCUAUGCUCUACAACACAUUUUCACAAAAUAGCACCAUCGAUCUCGAUAGUCCAACACCACCGGCAGUCAGCAGUCAAACUAGCCAAGAGAUGGCAAGUCCGAGCAAAGAAAAUGCCAAGACUCGUGCAUUGAGGCCUGGCUCUCGACUGCUGGAACUUGAGCACGAGCUUGCUAAGAUUCACCAAAAGUCAACGAAUGUGAUAGCAACGUCAUCGACCGCAAGUGUUAUGAACGUCCCAGUUGCUACAGUAUACUCCAGUCAGACGCAGAACGCACUAUAUCAGCAGCAACAACAACAAUCUCAAACGCUGAUCUCAGCUGGUGGUGUUCCUCUGGUUAGUAGCGUGCCAGUGGCUACUGUUGCGCCUAGUGUUGUCACUCCACUUGCUAAUAAUGAAACCUCGAUUCAGUAUGAUCAUCAAGAAUCACCAGUUACAUCUACCGAGCGUAUCACACUUCAACAACCUGCGAGAAAAAUUUCGAGGUUCAUGGUAUCAAAAGUGGCUGGUCCACCUGCAAGUGAAGCGUCGACUUCGCAAAGUCACAGUACAGACGAUAACAAAACUAUCGAGAACAGGUCGAGUGCAGUCGCACAUCAUACUGAUGAGCAUUUAGUUGGUACAACACCAAUGCAAAUGUUACAUAGUCGAGAAAGUUCUGUUCCGCCAAUUCAAAACUCCAUUUCACAUAGCUCAUCAUCUACAGAGCAAUAUGAUAAAGAGGAAAGAUUCCCAUCAUUAACACCAAGUGAAGAAUAUCAGCUUCUGAUUAAACGGCAAACAAUGGAACUCGAAACCCUACAGAGGAGACAUCGGGAAGAGUUAGAACGUUUUCAGCAGCAUCAAUUGCAAUUACUGAUACAACGGCAACAGCAGGCUACCGCAUUUCAACACCCGAUGCUCUAUCAUACCAUAACAGGGCAAACACGACUGCCGGGCCUGGAGGACUACAUAAUGUUCAGUCCGGCAACGCAGACUCCGAUGCAGCGAAAAAUGAGUUAUUCCCCGGACACCGAGGAGACGUUGCGGCUGGCUACGCAGAAGCUGAAGCAGCCGACGGCUGGGGUGCAGGGAUCCGGUGGGCCCUCGGCUACGAUACCCCAUGCAUACGUCAUACCUGUGCCAAUAGUGCCUUCGGAUAAUCUUCAGAACAUCUCGACUGCUAGUGAGAUGCCUGACCCAGCAGCAGUAGCUGGCAUGCUCGGCUCAACGAAUGGCCCGACGACACCCCAGAUCAUCGGGCAGCAGCCGCAGUAUCAGUUUAUUCCAACGACACUGCCGGACUCCAACACGCAAGGAAGCUCGGCGGGUACUCUAGUCACAAGUGCGUUAACCGCCAGUACAGCGGGCUCGAGCGGCUAUAUAACCUACCACGAGCCAGCACUGCAAACCUUCAGUUACGCGUCACCUGGGGGUUUCUUCCUGCCUGCGGGCUACCGGCUGAUUUAUGCGCCGACACAGUCAAACUCGAUGGCUCCGACGACAUCGACCGUACCGACACCCCAGAUACAGCCAACGACCCCAGCUACGCCUCAGAUGGGUGGUCACGAUGGCACGCCGCCAGGUGAACCUCAGCACUACGAGGCUGCGGCUGGUUCGCAACAGCCCGAGUAGAAAGGCAGGAAAAUUGUAAUAUAUGUAACGCUCCAGUGUCAAAGAGAAUUUUCUCUUGUUUCUUGUAAAACAACACUCAAAUUAAAGUUUCAUAAACCGUAACUCUGUGUGUGUGCAAAAAAAAGCUCGUGAGUGCGUGGCGUGUAAUCUAUGUGUGUACGUAUUCGUCUGUUUCCCAUUCAUACGUCUGCUGCUGCAGUAAAGCAUCUGUGUGUGUAAGUUCCAGGUGCGCUUAGAGUUUUUAUAUGUCUGGUGAUAAAAAGAAGAAACAAAAUAACUAAAAAAUGAAAAAAAAAAUAUAUAUAGAAGAGAAGGAAUAAUCAGCCCUCUAUAAUAUGCGUUUUUUUGACAUUUGGUAUGCUGCACAUUUCGAUUGUGUAUCGGCCAACGUAAUGAAAUUUAUAAGAAAAUGAAUUUUUUUUGUUCUUAUAUUUAUUUGAUUUUUUUUUUUUUUUAAUAAAUUGCAAAAAAUAUAAUUAAUGAACUUGUCUUGAUGAAAUUUUUUUAUUAGAUUAAUUUUCGUGGGUAAUUUCAAAACUAAUUUGAAGUUAUAUGUCUGCCAUUGUUUACUUCCUUGAACUUGGAAAAACGCUUAUCGUUUUAACAUA